UAUUCCAUCUAUUUCAGCACCGACCAUACCAAAUUCUUGAUAAUCCACAAACUUUUUUUACCAUAAAAGAAUUUAAGUCCAAGUCUAUAACUUUUUCUUGAUUUCAAUUCUAUUGCGUUUGAUUCAGGAAUAACAUGUGUUCUGAAAUGGCUGAUACUCUCCAAAGCCAUGAGGCGGCGUCACAGAAGUUGAGGAAACAGCUUGAAGUUGCUGUUAGGAGUAUCCAAUGGAGCUAUGCAAUUUUCUGGUCACUUUCUACUACAAAACAAGGGGUACUGGAGUGGGCAGGAGGAUAUUACAAUGGAGACAUCAAGACUAUGAAGACAGUACAAGAAAUGGAACUUAAAUGUGAAAAAAUAGGGUUACAAAGAAGUGAGCAAUUAAGAGAACUUUAUGAGUCCCUCCUUGAAGGUGAAACCGAACAACAGGCUGAAAGGCCUUCUGUUACAUUGUCUCCAGAGGAUCUCUGUGAUGCAGAAUGGUAUUACUUGGUUUGCAUGUCCUUUCAAUUCAAUACUGGUGAAGGUUUACCUGGACGAGCACUUGCAAAUAAAGAAAUUAUCUGGUUAUGCAAUGCUCAAUAUGCAGAUAAUAAAGUAUUCUCUCGCUCUUUGCUUGCCAAGAGUGCAUCUAUUCAGACUGUGGUGUGUUUUUCCCAUCAUGAGGGAGUAAUUGAGCUGGGUGUAACUGAACUGGUUGAAGAGGACCCUAAUCUCAUUCAACACGUCAAGGCUUCCUUACUAGACUUCUCAAAACCUGUUUGCGCUCAAAAAUCUUCCUUUCAUACUAAUAGUGAAGAUAAUGAUAAAGGUCCAGUAUGUGUUCAAGUUGAUCAUAAGAUAGUUGAUCCCUUAGCAGCUUUUGAAAACACUCCUGCAAAAGAUACCAUAUUAUCUAACCAAGUCAGAAUCCAUGAAGGAUUAAACAUGGAAUCUCCUAAUGAUUGUGAGCAGAAUCACCAAACACAAGACUCUAUCCUUGAAGAUUUAAAUGGCAGAAUCUCUCGCCUCCAAAGUUGGCUUUUCAUGGAUGAUGAAAUAAACAAUGGUAUUCUAGACUCGACAAAUUCAAGUGAUUGCAUAUCAGAAGGUUUCGCGAAUGAAGAAAAAACUCUCUCUUGCCCCAUGGAGAAAAAUGAAAAACUUCAGAAUGGCAAUAAUGACUUGCAUUAUAGAACUACUCUAUCUGUGGUUCUUACAAGUUCAACCAAGUUAAUUGGACAGGAUUCAUGUUUUUUUAGUGGUAAUUGCAAAUCCAGUUUUGUUAGUUGGAAAAAAGGAGUAUUCAACGACCAUAGAUCACAAGUACAUCAAAAUAUGCUAAAGAAAAUUUUAUUUACAGUUCCUUUGAUGUAUGAUGAUGGAGAUUUUAUCAGGAUGGACAAAAAAGAAAAUGGAGGAAGAGAUUGCCUUAAGAAGACAAAAAGAAAUGAAAUAUGCAAUAGUGUAUCAGAUAAGCAGACAGAGAAUGAAAAAUUCCUAGUACUCAAGUCAAUGUUUCCUUCUGUCGGUGAGAUGGACAAAGCAUUGGUCUUGGAUGGAAUGAUUAGAUACUUAAAAGAACUCGAGGCAAGAGUGGAAGAAUUAGAAUCUUGCACGGAUUGCCCAGAUUAUACUGAAAGGCCAAGAAGGAAUUAUUUGAAUGUUGCAGAGGAGACAUCAGACAACUAUGGUGACAAGAAGAUCGAGAAUGGAAAGAAGCUUUGGAUGAACAAGAGGAAGGCAAGUGAAAUCUUUAACACUGACCUAGAGCUUACUCAGGAAGAAUCUGAGGAUAGCCUGCCUUCAGAUGUGAAAGUCUGCGUGAGAGAGAAGGAGGUUCUAAUUGAGAUGAGAUGUGCUUACAGGGAAUAUAUAUUACUUGACAUCAUGGAUGAAAUCAACCAUCUUCACUUGGAUGUGCUCUCAGUUCAGUCACUUGCCGUUGAUGGCAUUCUCACACUCACCCUGAAAUCUAAGUUUCGAAAUGCAGCAAUUGCACCUGCAGGGAUGAUCAAGCAAGCACUUAGGAAGGUUGGCAGCAAGUGUUAAAGGUGAUAUGUGAAAGGGAGGGGAUAAGUUUCAACUAUCUUCAAAGAUAAUCGUAGGAUUUCACAAGUUAUUAGAGUUGCUUAUAGGUUGUUGUCAUGAUCAAUUUGUAGCUCUAACCAUAAACUUGAAUCUGUUUCCUAAUAUUCUUUCUUUAUCAACUGUUCAACCUCAAUUAGUGCUAUAAGCUAAUUAGCUUAACUAUGAA